AUGAUGACUGGGUUUUUAGAGACAUCUUUUUAUCUGUUUCUUUUGUUUUUUUUGUUUGGCUGGAGCAUUUUUCAUGUGAAUGCUCUAGUAGAGGAUGGGGAUAAGCUCAUCCACUCGCGGAAUGCUACCGUCGGCGAAUUUCCAACCGGUGUAAGCUUAUGCCCCAGGGCUGCACCGAUAUAUUGUGCCUUUCCGGGAAUGUUGGGCUACUAUUGCGUACGUGCCGGAGAAAAGUGUUGCAACGCUUUUGAAGGGGGUGGAAUUGGAUGUCAACAGGGAGAGAUGUGCUGUCCAGGCGUUUACAAAGCAUCUUGUUGUGGAUUUUCGGAAACUUGUGGCAUUGAUGCGAGUAAUCGAUCUCUGUGUGUAAAGGAUCGUUGUGCAGUUCACUCUGACGUUGAUAGUUGUUUGACUGACCAAGGUGAAAUGGGGUGUCGUUGGUGUUGCGCAGAGAGGCGUUGUGUUUCUUCAAUACAUCAAUGCAUCAAUGAAAAACCUAUUACUAAAGGCGAAAUUUGCUAUUCGCCAUGUCAAUACGCUGAUACUUGUCGUCGAUGCCUUAGAGGCGCCAUAAGUAAUAAUAGCCAUAGCGUUUCAUGUGUGUGGUGCUGUAGCACCCAGAGUUGCAUUCCCAGAUCAGAAAUAUCCAAUUGCGCACAAGACCAGUUCUUCUUGAAGUUGGUAGAUUGCGACGAAUGUCUAGAAGGAGGCCGUGGUGUUUUAUUUUGGCUACAAUAUGCUGCAAUCUCUUCCCUUCCGUCAGCUGUCAUUGUGUUACUUGUUGGAGCUGCUACCAUCGGUCUCGCUCUGCCCUAUGCGAUGCGCUGUUCGAUACUGAGACGUCAACAACCUGUUGUGGACGAUGCUCGCAUCCAUGCACCAGAAACAAGAGGUUCAUC